AUGGCUGCGAAGGAACCAGUCCCAGCGCGGAGCUCCACUUCCAGGACUCGGCCUCCCCUCCCUCCGCCGCGGGCCGCUUCCCUCUGCGCGACACCCUCCCUCCGCGGCUCCCGAGCCCGAGGCCACGCCCCAGACACGCCCCCUCCAGGACACACCACGCCCCCAAGCCCGCGAGCCAGCGAAGCGGCUAGUCCGGGAAAAGCGCGCGCGCGCGAGUGUGGGCGCACCCGGCGGGCUUUCGGGGCGCUCGGUACCUCCCUGCUGCAGGGAUCCCGGGGAGCCCGGCGUCCGCACCCGCGUUCUCACCGAGCAACCGCGGCGGCCCCUUGCCCGGCUCCUGAGCCGUCCUGAAGCACAGGUGCUACCUCCACGGAGGCCAUUUUCAUCCAAACCACCACAGUGGCACUAUUGAGAGGUGAGUAGAUCAUGAAGAUACCCAACUUCAUCGAUGGUUUAAGCUGGUGACGAGGUCAUAGCUAAAUGGACUAUUAAGAGCUGGGUAGCUCAUCAACAUCCCAUCUUGGGUGGGAGAGGGGCUGCCCCACCCUGCGGCGCUAUUGGCAAUUAGUGGCUGCUGAGGAAGGAGGACCCUUUCCUUCUGAGGCGUAGCCAGUUGUGAGUUUCCCACAGUCCAGUGAAUGACUCCCCACCCACGGAAGUAAUUAACCCCAGUGGGCCGCAAAACAAAUGGAAUACGCAUGACAAUAAAAAGGAAACUUGGGUAAAAGGAGCUCUUCGGGAAUAGAAAGGAGAGGUGUGUGAAACUGGCCACGUACGGACUUACUUGGAAGAAGUGCGUCACUGAGGAUAAACAUUUGGAAGAAGUGCGUCACUGAGGAUAAACAUUGGUUCACGGCCUCUUUCUCUGUCUCUGGUCGUCAUGAAGUUAGCAACGUAGCUGCAGACACUGAUGUUUUCAACAUGCCUUGUUGUGAGGAGGUCGCUUGUUGGUUCCUGGCUGCUCAGCCCCGAAAUAAUCAGACAGAAACUAUAUUAUUUAAAUCACUG